AUGAGAAUUCAUACGUGCCACUUCUGCUCGUCGCCUAUAUAUCCAGGACACGGUAUAGCAUUUGUUAGAAACGAUUCUAAAGUGUUUAGAUUCUGUAGAUCUAAAUGCCAUAAAGCAUUCAAACAAAGAAGAAAUCCUAGAAAGUUGAAAUGGACUAAGGCAUUUAGAAAAGCUGCCGGAAAGGAGUUGGCUGUUGAUAGUACACUCACAUUUGCUAAGAGAAGAAAUGUUCCUGUUAGAUACAACAGACACCUUGUGAAUACAACUCUGAAGGCAAUGCAUAGAAUAGAGCAAAUCAGGGAAAGAAGAGAGAGAGCAUUCUACAAAAAUAGAAUGAAGGGAAACAAGGAGAGACAACUUGCUUUGGACAAAAAGUUGGUGGAAGAGAACCCAGAAUUGUUGAGGAUGAGAGAGGUGGAGCUAAAACAAAAGGCUCUCAGAGAGGCAUCCAAGGAAGAUGCCGAAAUGGAAUCCGAAGAAGAAGGAGAAAUGGCAGAGGAGGAAAUGAAUUCAGAAGAAGAAGAGGAGGAAAAGAUUGCCAAGAAGAUCAUGUUAAAGAACAAAAGAAAGUCAAGAGUCAAGUUUUGA